AAGAGGCCCGCCUUGCAAGUUGAACUAGAACAUAAACACAGGAAUGUGAAAUCCACCACUGUUUAGGCUUCGACUAAGGAAGACAAAUCCACCACUGUCAUGAACUUCAGUUUUCGUCCUCGUUUCUUACCUAGCUACCUCCGAAACCAAACUCGUCAUCGACAAACCACGGACUCUUCCAACUCGGAAGCAAAAUGGUCGGGAUUCACCGUAACCUUACUUUUUGCUGCUGUUUCCGUUACCGCUGCUGUGUCCGUGUACUUGUUCAAGAAAAAAACGAAAGCUUUGAACUCCAAGCUUCGCGAGCUUGAGGCAUCCCUCAAGUCAUCCUUAGAGAAAUGUGCCUCUGAGAGGCAAGGCCGCAUUAGGGCACAACAGUCCUUGAGAAAAGCACUAGCACAACCUAAAAGUGACAACGUAGAGAUGAAUUACUAUCCCAUGGCACCUAUUGGCAUCAUCCAAUCGUGCUUCACUACAAGAAAUGGAACACCAAGGCAACCCUUACUUGUACCUCUUGCUAGAGCAUCUUUGAUUUUUAAUACAACUCGUGUACCACCGUCAUCACUUGAGGGUCUUGCAGAAUAUUCUCACUGCUGGGUUAUAUAUGUAUUUCAUCUAAAUACAGAUCUUGAGAAGCUAUGGAACCAUCCAUCUAAGUCAAAGUUCAAGGCAAAAGUGAGGGUUCCAAGAUUGCAAGGUGGAAGAAAGGGAGUGUUUGCUACACGCUCCCCUCAUCGUCCUUGCCCCAUUGGAUUAACAGUUGCGAAGGUGGAAGCUGUCCAGGGAAAUAAGGUUUUGCUCUCUGGUGUGGACCUGGUUGAUGGAACUCCAGUGCUUGAUGUCAAGCCCUAUCUACCAUACUCUGAUGGCAUUGUGGAAGCAAAAGUGCCUAAUUGGUUGAUGGAGGAUAACUUACUUGCUGUAGCUUCUAUAAGCUUCUCAGAGGACUUUACUUCAACCCUAGAAAAUUGCUGGAGAAUGGCAGUGAGUUGUUAAUGACUUGCUUGAAAUGUUGAAUUCAAUACCUGCCUCUGCAUUGGCUAGCUUGAGGUGUACCUAUAUGAUUUAGGACAAAAUUUAAGCAGAGUUUUUAAGAUGUUAGUUACCAUGAUCCCAAUAAAAACAUGACACAUUUGCAGCUCAGCAACAGUUAAUUGACUAUUUUAAAAGUUUCUUUUCAUGCUAUGUCUUGGUUGGAGAAUCUCAUAGGAAUCACCAGAAAAUCUUCACUUUUGUUAGUUAAUUCAAUACUACUGUUGAUAAGUACGGAAUCAUGAUGACUUUUGAUGUACAAUUUAUUGACUUGCAAAGAUAAAUAUCCUAUUGAAGAACGCGUAUCCCCAAAAACCAUAAUGUUUUUCAAUCCUUAAAAUACUCUACCUUGCACUAGCACGCUUAGUUUUUAUCAAUUUCUGUUAAUGCUGUUAAUGAUGUGAAGACUCUUUUUCCCUUCUUAAUAACUUGCAUAAAACCUGCUUGCAUUUUCUGCCUGAUUUAAGAUCCCUUGUAGCUAAUGAGACCUCUCAAUUCACUGUGAGAUACUAAAAAUGGCAUGGUACCUUCUAAGCUCUGGGUUGUUGUGUAACACGCACACACGCGCACACCCUUUUAUUGCCACUCAUUUGGAUGAUAUCUGUUGACCAUCUUGAUGCUUUAGGAAAAGAAAUCACUUUAUGCAUCAGCAGGCGAAUUCCAAAGCCUGAUAAAGCAGGUUCUUUCAUGGGAUAUUCGGUCGGUUAGUCAGC